AUGAUCGAGUGCUCCCCGUGUUUGUUGAUCUCAGCGAGUCUCCUUCUCACCUUCAUUCUCCUCUACAGAGUCUCGCAGUCAUUUCGCUAUUAUUCUCGGGUGACGUUCUUCUACUUGUGUAUCUUCUUACACGGCAUGGAGUGUUGUGUGACGCAGAUUCCAUUCUACUUCUUGGGAUGGGGAGCCUAUUGGAUUUUCUACUCAUUUUAUUAUUGGUGUUGGUGGACGGGAAUUCGAGUUGAGGUUCGUGAUUUUGACAAACAUUUGGAACAUUUAAAGGGACCGGCGAUUGUUGUUUGUAAUCAUCAGUCAGCAAUUGAUGUUUUCUCGAUGUCAGCCGUAUUUCCACCAAGAGGAACGGUGAUGAUGAAGAAAAGUCUUCAAUGGAUUCCAUUUUUCAAUAUCACUUCAUGGUUGGCCCGCUCCAUUUACAUUGACCGUUUUAAUCGGGAGAAAGCUUUGGAACAAGUCGAAUAUUGCUCGAAAUUGGUUCUCGAAAGAAAGCUAAAGGUGUGGGUUUUUCCUGAAGGUACCCGAUAUCGAGAUCAAGGAAUGUUGCCCUUUAAAAAAGGAGCCUUUAAUAUUGCUGUAAAGGCUCAAGUUCCAAUCGUACCGAUUGUUUGCAGCAACUAUUCACCGUUUUAUUCGAAGAAAGACAAAUAUUUCCAUUCCGACGGUGAAGUUAUUAUUCAAGUGUUGCCAGCAGUCGAAACGCAAGGAUUAUCACUUGACGACGUGAACGAUUUGUGUGAACGGGUACGGAAUGAUAUGCUUAAGGCCUACGACAAGAUUACUCCCGAGGCGGCUGAGCGGAUGGCGACGAAACGUGCGAAAAAACAACAA